AUGACGGAAAAGGGCGAAGGACAUAAGCGUUCUCGAAGUGCGCUGGCACUUUCACUCUUGCACCGUGACAGGUCAAAGGACAGUCACGAGGAGACCUUGGGUCGUGACAGCAGUAGUUCAUCUCGAUCGUCGAUUCCCUCAUCAACCACGAACAACAAUCCGUCUACCUCCCUUCCGAUCCCACGAAGCUCGAGUCGUCGAAAGUCCCACCAGGAAGUGCGCCCGCCAUCGAUGGCAGAAGAACCCCCCUUGGAGCCAACGGGCUCCAACCAAAGCGGCGAGAAUAUUGAGAAACUACCGUCGGGAACACAGGUUGACAGCAGGAGCAUGUCGCUAGACCAGUCUGUGCGCACCUUUCGACUCUUCGAGACGUUGCGUAGCGGGGACACGACUGCGAUCGCGAAGGCCAUCCGGGAGACUAAGGACGCCCAGGGCGCAGGUGCCCUAUCUGGCACGACCGUACUUCACCUGGCGAUUCAAUGUGCUGAGCCACAGGUUGUGGAAUACAUCCUCUCCGUUGACGAGGAUCUCAACAUCAAUGAACGUGAUCGGGAUGGCAACACCCCUCUUCACCUGGCUGCCCAGCUUGGUCGGGGACCGUUGGUGCGCGAGUUGCUCAACCGCCCGUCUCUCAACGACUCUAUCGUGAACUAUCGCGGUCAAACUGCGCUCGACGUUGCCCGUACCCCGGAGAUCUUCCAACAACUUCAGCUAGCGCGGUCCCUCUUCAUGGAUCAAAAGACCCAGGAAAUGCAGCAGCUCAUAUCCCAGGGUGACUACGAGAAGCUGGAGAAGGUGCUGGAGGAGCCCCGCGUGGAGGGUAUAAUGGAUGUGAACAGUCUGGAUUUGGUGACUGACCCCGCCACCGCUCAGUCUGGGGGUACUUUGCUGCAUGAGGGGGCGAGAAAGAAAGAUACUAAGCUCAUCCAAAUACUACUCAUGCACGGCGCCGAUCCUUUCCGGCGUGAUAAGAAAGGAAAACUUCCCCAGGACGUGACGAAAGACGACCGGACACGUGCCAUCCUCAAGAAGUCGCCCGCUGCAGUUAUUGCCCAGCGCGGUAUUCAGGAGAAGGCCAUCCUGGGGACGAAUUCUGGCCAGGGACUCUCUGGCGGGCGCGCUAGUACAAGUGAAGCUCCCUUUGCGGGCAAAGAAGCUCGUGAAAUGAGAGGUUACUUGAAGAAGUGGACCAAUUAUACGAGUGGGUAUAAACUGCGCUGGUUUGUCCUCGAAGACGGCGUUUUGAGUUACUAUAAGCAUCAAGACGAUGCGGGAUCUGCUUGUCGCGGCGCGAUAAACAUGAAAAUUGCCAGGCUCAAUAUGGAUUCCCAGGAUAAGACACGUUUCGAAAUUCAUGGGAAGUCCUCUGUCAAGUACCAUCUGAAAGCAAAUCACGUCGUCGAGGCCAAGCGUUGGUUUUGGACUUUGAACAAUGCCAUCCAGUGGGCAAAGGAUGAAGCCAAAGAAGAGCAAAGACGUCAGACCAGAGACGCAGAGAUGCUACGCCAAGCGAAAAUGGAGCAGAUCGAAGGUCGACCGGGCGAGAGUCCCUCUGAAUCCUCCACCUUAGCAGCGGCAAGGUCAAAUGGCAAAGGCCUCGCCCCUCCAUCUCUUGGUGUUCCAAGUAGCAGCGGCACGAGGCUGAGUACGUACGCUUCUCGCACAACCUUGGAGAGUACGCCGGCAGACGACGAUGGCUCGGUAUUUGAGUCCUACGACCAAGGUGGUGGCGCACACAGCGAAAUCAAUCGAGUUUUCAGCCACGUGACUACUGCACCUGAUAUGGAGGGUGAUGAUGACGACUAUGGCGAAUAUGCAUCCAGUCGCGAGAUGCAGCCAGCUGAUAAAGAUGCUUUGAACAUCACAGCCCAAUCUGCAAAGGUCCAGCUGGAUAUUCUUGCCAGUGUGUCCUCCUCAUUGCAGGCCGAGAAGUCGAGCCAUCCGGACAUGUCUCUCGGUGAUCCGACUGUUGAUCAAGCCCUCGGUGCUUAUGAAGCAGCCGUGAGCAGUCUUCAAGGAUUGGUGCAGGACCUAUUAAAGAUAUCUAGAGAUCGCGACUCAUAUUGGCAAUAUAGACUAAACAGAGAGGCACACCUCCGCAAGAUGUGGGAAGAGAGUAUGGCGCGAGUUGCUCAUGAGCACGAGGAGCUGCAAUCGAAGAUGGGCGAGUCCGAGGAAAAGCGACGCCGAACCAAGCGGGCUCUCAAAGAAGCAUUAGAGGGUUCGUCAGCAAAAGCUGGUCGCAUGGCCGACCAAGCGUCGUUACACAUGAAAGACGUUGAUGAUGAUCUUGACGAUACUUCCAAAAAACAAGUCCCCGAGGCCUCGGAGUCGAAGGACGAUCCCACAACUGCUCCACCUCUGCGUCGAAAGAAAUCGACAGUGUCCCAGCUAAGCAGCCUAUAUGAUUCUGCAUCAGACGAUGAGGAUGAAUUCUUUGAUGCGAUCGAUGCCGGGGAGAUUGAGGUCGAGAAUCUCGCCACCGCAGAAACUAAGGACGAAAAACCAGAACCCGAAGAGAAGACCAGCGAGCUACGUGCCGUGAAACAUGCCGAAAUUGUUCCUUCGUUCAAGGGCUACGAGGAGCCUGUGAGGACGAAAUUGAAAAUGGACUACGAUAACAGACCCAGGAUCUCGUUGUGGGGCAUAUUGAAAUCUAUGAUUGGCAAGGACAUGACCAAAAUGACACUACCAGUUUCAUUCAAUGAGCCGACGUCGUUGCUACAGCGUGUAGCCGAGGAUUUGGAAUAUGCAGAUCUUCUCGACAUAGCAGCUGACCGAUCCGAUUCGAUGGAACGCUUAGUUCACGUUGCUGCAUACGCUGCAAGUGAAUACGCUUCAACCAUCGGUCGUGUUGCUAAGCCGUUCAACCCCCUUCUGGGAGAAACGUACGAGUAUGCGAGACCUGACAAGGGAUAUCGGUUUUUCGUCGAGCAAGUCAGCCAUCACCCGCCGAUUGGCGCGGCAUGGGCGGAAUCAGCAAAGUGGCAAUACUAUGGUGAAUCUGCUCUCAAAUCCAAGUUCUACGGGAAAUCCUUUGAUAUCAACCUGCUCGGCACCUGGUUCCUAAAGUUGCGUCCUGCAUCGGGAGGUGAAGAGCUCUAUACCUGGAAGAAAGUUACGUCUUCCGUGGUCGGCAUCAUCACCGGUAACCCCACUGUUGACAAUUAUGGGUUGAUGGAGAUCAAGAACUGGACCACCGGCGAGGUUUGCUAUUUGGAUUUCAAGCCGAGAGGUUGGAAGGCUUCGUCGGCAUACCAGGUUACUGGCAAGGUGGUAGACCGUGAUGGGCUACCCAGAUGGAGCAUCGGCGGUCGUUGGAAUGACAAGAUCUAUGCCCGUCACACUCCCGGGUUCGAAGCACAGGUAUCGGGCCAGGAUCCAGAGUCAGCCAAGACGUUUUUGGUGUGGCAAGCCCAUUCCCGCCCGACUGGUGUUCCUUUCAACUUGACCCCAUUUGGCAUCACACUCAAUGCCCUCACCGAAGACUUGGAGAAGUAUCUACCACCUACGGACACUCGCCGCAGACCCGACCAGCGUGCAAUGGAGGAGGGUGAGUAUGACCUAGCGGCCACCGAGAAGCAUCGGGUCGAAGAGAAGCAACGAGCGAAGCGAAGAGAGAUGGAAAUGAAGGGAGAGGAGCAUCGGCCCAAGUGGUUUGUUAGGGAGCAAUGUCCCGUGACCGGCGAGGAGUACUGGGCUCACAAUGGGAAAUACUGGGAGUCCAGAGACGCGCAGGACUGGAGUGUCUGUGACGACAUCUUUUGA